AUGUCAAAUUUAUCGAAACUUGAGUUUGUGGCACUGGAUAUUACCGAAAAGAAUUAUUUAUCAUGGGUCCUUGAUGCUGAAAUUCACCUUGACGCUAAAGGUCUUGGGGAUACUAUUAAACAAGAAAAUGACGCAUCUAGUCAAUAUAAGAUGAAAGCUAUGAUUUUUCUUCGUCAUCACCUCCACGAAGGAUUAAAAACUGAAUAUUUAACUGUAAAAUAUCCACUCGAAUUAUGGAUCAACUUGAAGGACCGAUAUCACCACCUAAAAUUGACGGUAUUACCGAAAGCUAAAUAUGACUGGAUACACCUUCGGUUUCAAGAUUUUAAAAUCGUAGUGGAGUAUAAUUCUGUUGUUCAUAAAUUAAGUUCAAUAUUAAGAUUAUGUGGAGAAACAAUCACUUAUGAGGACUUACUAGAGAAAACUUUUUCCACUUUUCAUGCUUCUAAUGUAUUUCUACAACAACAAUAUCGUGAAAAGGGAUUUAAGAAAUAUUCUGAAUUGAUUACAUGCCUACUUGUGGCAAAGCAGAAUAAUACUUUGUUAAUGAAAAAUCAUGAAGCUCGUCCCACUGUAUCUGCUUCAUUCCUUAAAGCAAAUGUUGUAGCAGCGCAUGAUCAGCCUGAAAUAAGGCAAAAUUAUUAUCUUGGUCGUGGUCGAGGCCAUUAUCGUGGACGUGGACGAGAAAGUGGUCAUUGGACACGUGUUUGUCGUAUGCCUGAUCAUUUUGUCAAACUUUACCAAGCUUCCCUUAAAAGAAAAGAAAAUGAUGCGGAAGCACACUUGACCUUUCGAGGUGAUGAUGAUGAAGCAGCUCCAUCAAAUACAUAUAAUAAUAUUGAGGCAAAUCUUGCUUACAAAGAUGAUGAUUUUAAGGGCCUCUCAGAUAUUACCCAUUUGAAAGCUGAAAAUUUCUAUGAGGAUAUUGAUUGA